UCCUACUCAUUACUCCGGUGACAAAAGAUACAGGCAUAUAUUUUAUUUAUUAGCAGUUCGUGUUGGCAGAAGUUGUCAAGCCACUAUAGCUUUAUGAGAUACGUUGUGUUAGUAUGUUGUUUUUCACGGUUGUCAUGCCACUGUAGCUUUAUGGAAUACGUUGUCAUAGUAUGUUAUUCGCGAUGGUUGACUUACAUGCGUGGAUCUGACUGCCUAAGCACCAGCUGCUGCCUUUUUGUUGCUGUCAGAUCCUGAUAUCCCUUGAAUAUUUGGAACAAGAAUGGUUGCCAUAAGAUCAUGUUGGUCUCCUUGUAUAUGGAACAGCAAUGUCAAAGUUGGAACCUACAUGGUUGCAGCUUAUACUGCAUCCUUCAGUGUUGUCCUAAUUACACUGAUUGCAUAUAUGAUGAGUGGUGGGGAAUCAACCCAGCUAUAUUCACCAUUAUUUGAGACGGAUGUCAGAGGAUCUAUGCUUGGUGUUGGAGGGUUUUUCAUUGCCUACCUUCUGCUGCUGAUUGCAUUCUCUGUAUUCCUCAUUUUUGGUGUGGUGGAAACUAAUCGAGGAAUGAUGCUGCCAUGGAUGAUCUGCUUUGGAAUAGUAAUAUUGUUUCAGCUAGUUUUUGGCCUGUGGUUGCUUGGUGGAUACUACAUAUAUCUGGAUUCCGUUAUGGCAGCUCUUGUUGAUUGGCUUUGGAUGGCAUACAAUGCAUACUGCUGGACCUGUGUGUAUUCUCUGUACCAGAUAUUUAAGGAAAUGCAGUCACCAAAUAUUGAACUGCUGUACCCAUGAACUAUAGCAGUUGCUCUGAUCAUCAGAAAAGCACCAUAUAAAUCUAUGAAUAGAUUAUAUAUAGCUACGACCACAUUUUUUUUUUUUUUAACUGGAAGUUACAUAUCAAAUAAGAUUGUGUAAAGUUUCUGGUUUAGAAGAGGAGAAACUUUAAUUCAUGUACAAAAUUAUGAAUCUCGUAUUGAUAUUUUGUAUUUUUGUAAUGAAUAUUUACUCCAGUAUUUAGAGACUGUGUAUAGUUUGAAGGAUGAUUUUUAUGUGACAUGAAACUUCUGUAUUAUGAGUAACCAAAGAAUGAAUGCUAAUGACCUUUUGUGAAAGAAAAAGUAACAGGUGCACUCAUAAAGCAAGAGCUUUUUAUUUUGCUGGUGUUUUGGAAGAGAUUUGGAGCUUAAUUAUCAAUUGUGACAUUAAUAAUGUAAGGAUUUGUUUUAUCUGUAGCUUUCUUAUAAAUUUUGUUUUGUUAUUUUAAUAAGAAAGUGAUUUGUAGUGGCUUUUUGCCUUCUGUUCAGUGCUGCUUUUAUUUUUAUUCGUUCAGUGAAAUGAUUGGUCUCUCUAAACCGAAGUAUUGAGGCAACCAGUAUUGCCUUCAGUCUACUCAUAAAAUAGUAACUGUAACUUUUUAUGAGAUUGUCAUGAUCAGUUUGCCAUCAGUAAUACCAUUUAAGAAUACAUGCACCAUCUCUGUUUUUGCAGUUCUUUUGUUUGUGGUUUCUUUAAUUCAAUAAGUGACAUGCAUUUUACUCAUUAACUGUGCCAAAUGCACCCUAUAUUCAUUGUUUCUGAACUAGAUCCAUUGUUACAUAGUUCCAAUCAAAAACAAGCACCAUGCUCCAGCAGAUAACAGUAAGAUAAGCCAGAAAAUGCUAGUUUGUGGUGGUGUUCUGUUAAUUAUAAUUCAUUUUUGUUUCUUUUCCCACAAAUAAAAACAAGAGGUGGCUUAAACACUGAAAUGUUCACAAAUAGAGGUUCCUAGGAUUAGCAGCUAUGGGGAAAGUAUGAUUCGGAAGUUGUGUGAAGUCACCAAGAUAUUCACAUAAAGGCAUAUAAGAUCCAGCUGUGGCUGCUUUUACCAGAUCUUUGAAAAUUCACUUAAUGAUGUAAUCGUGUAGUUAGCUCUAACUCUUUCCUCUCUCAAUCAAAAUGUAUUAAGUGAUCUGGAUGGCAUUAUUCACAAAAGAAAUAUAUCAUCACAGUAUUUUUAGAUACUGUAAGAUUAGUAUAAACAACCCAACAAUUAAUGCAUGUUGGUUGAGUAUGUGCUCAGCAAGUAAGUUUUAAUGGGAAAGUAUUUGUUGCAUUUUCUUAUGUUGCCACUACUAGCAUGAAGUUAAGUAUUUUUCCUCCAUUUUUUCUUCAGAUGAACACAGGGAUCUGGUCUCUCAUUAUUCCAAUAAAAUUCCCCAGCAUGCUUUGGCUUUAUUAUUUUACUUCACGUGAAUAGAAACAGUACUUCCACUUCAAAUAAAAGUGUUCAUAGCAUUAUAUAUAUUUUUAGUUUUCAUUGUGAGGAAAGUUCAUUUGCGGAUCUUAUGAUGUAACCAUUGUGGUUUAUAUUGCAUUCAUAUGAAUAAUACAUUGGAACACUGUGUUCUGGAACAUUUACUCCAUGCUACGGUAUCAGUAAAUACUACAAACUAGUUCCUGUCAACCAAUCAGACUUAGAAUUACCAUUUGUGGGCAUUGGUAUUCUGAAUGUAUUUAUAACACCCAUCUGUAGUUUUUCAAAGAUAAUGUAAAUGAACUCUUAAAAUUUGUGUUCUGUUACACUUGUAGCCACUAUCUAGUUUACAUGUAAUUAUCACUGAAAAAACUGGCUAUUUUUAAAGUUAUUCUACAGCAAAGAGGCCUUGCUAUAUGUUGUACAGUUUUGUCAUCAUUUGCUUUUGCCUGUUUCCUGUUUCGGUAAUUAAAAUAGUGUUGCAUCACUGUCUUCCAAAACACACACACACACACACACACACACACACACACAGAGCGAUCAUUUUACAAAUAAGAUUAAUGCUGCAGUGUAUUCUGUUAUCAUCAGUAUCUGAAGGUAUUUCUAAUCUCACAUAGCCUGUAAACAUAGACACACAGUGUCAGAGAAUGUACUUUACAAAGCAAUAAGUGACUAGCAUAAUAGUACUUUUAGAUAGAGUAAUAUCAUUAUAAAAUGCUACACAGGAGCUAAUGUGUAUUGACGAUGUACACAGUAAAUUUUAAUCUAAAAGUAUCUGUCAUACUUUGAAAUCCAUAAAUACUGUGCAUUAAGGAGAGAUGCCACAGGUUCUGUUUUUAGAGGGUUGAAUUAUUUUGCAUGUUCAGUCUGUGUUGAAACAUUCAUUCUCUGUUCCCCACUGAGUACUUUAAAUUUAUUAAUUAUCUUUUACUAAACUGUGGUUACCUUUUUGCACACCACUGUUUGCAAGGGGAAAAUCAUAUACAUGCAUCAUUGUUUCUAAUUCUUAAUAUGUCCAAUAAAAUAUUAGUGAGAAGUAUUAUAAAACUUUUUUACUGUAAUGUUAUUUUGUAGUUGAAUGUUAUAUUUGUACUGUUUAUAGUAGUUAGUGUUAGUCUUUCAUGAAGACUGACUCUUAUUUUUUCAUCACAAAAAUUGUCAAACAUUGAUUACUCAGAAUGUACCUUGAAGUAUUCUACACAAUUCCGUCCAAUUAAGAAACUGUGUUUCAUUGUGAAAAGUAAUCCAUCCAUUGUUGCAUCUUUGUCAAAUGCAUUUUUACGUACAUACAUUUGUUAAAUGUUUACAAUAUUUUAUGCAGUAAAAUGUUUAAUAAACAUAUGUUUUAUUGAAAA